CGCAUCACUAGUUGAAGGGGAACAUGGCAGCCGGCGUCAGUGUUCAGCAUGGAUUAUUAAACAGAACUUCACUGAUUUACAGUUUUCCGAGGAAUAUAUCGCCGAACAGAGUUUGUGUUCAGAGGACGGCUGGAUUACAGAGUGUGAGAAGGUCAACAAACUCAACAGGAGACGCUCAGCACAAUGAGAAGUACUGCCUGAACCUGGUCAGGUCCAGAGACUAUGAGGGCUUUUUAUCUUGUCUCCUCCUUCCAGAGGAGGCGCGGCGCUCCUCUCUGGCUCUGAGAGCCUUUAAUGUGGAGUUGGCUCAGGUGAAGGACUCUGUUUCCCAGAAGACCAUUGGCCUGAUGCGAAUGCAGUUCUGGAAGACGGCCAUAGAGGAGAUCUACAAAGACGACCCACCGAACCAGCCAGUCAGCACCGAGCUGUGGAGGGCAGUGAAGACACAUUGUCUUACAAAAAGAUGGCUGACCAGGAUUGUUACAGAGAGAGAAAAGGACAUGGACGAUCGAGCCUACAGGAACCUUCAGGAACUUGAGAAAUAUUCAGAGAACACACAGUCUUCACUGUUAUACCUGCUGCUGGAGUGUUUGGGUGUAAAGAAUGUCCAUGCAGAUCACGCAGCCAGUCACAUAGGAAAAGCUCAGGGAAUCGUAACGUGUCUCAGAGCCACUCCUUACCACAGCAGCCGGCGGAAAGUCUACCUUCCCAUGGACAUAUGCAUGCUGCACGGAGCUUCUCAGGAGGACUUCAUCCGCGGCAGCCGGGAGAAGAAUGUGCGGGACGUUGUGUACGACAUCGCCAGUCAGGCUCACGUCCACCUGGAACACGCUCGAUCAUUUAGCCACAACGUUCCAGCAGCUGCAACUCCAGCCUUCAUUCAAACUGUCGUGUUGGAAGACUAUCUGCAGAGAAUCAGGAAGGCGGAUUUUGAUGUUUUCCACAAGAGCCUGCUGAACAGGAACCCACUGCUCCCCUUCCAGCUCUACCUCCGCUCCUGGAAGAAGACCUACUGAUUCCAGCCUCUUC